AUGAUUAAAUUCAGCCAAGGAACUCCUAAAGCCGACGUAAAACUAGCUCUCGAUCUCGGCGGGAAAUUACCAUGGUUUGAUUGUCAUGAAGGCUACAAAUCGUCAUCAGCUCGACGAGUCAAGUGCAAGUCAUCCCUAUGCUCACUAGCCAACAGAGAAAAUAAUACUAGUACAUGUAGCCAUAACAGUCACUGCAACAUUUACAAACUUAACCGAGUAACUCAGUCUGUCGGCAAAGGCGAGCUCAUUUCAGAUCUUGUGACUACUAUAUCUAACCCUCAUAAUCCACUAAAGAAUAAAAAGAAACCUAGUGACCCUGAAAGUUAUGACACACCUGUUGUUUCCCGCCGUCGCCUUACGUUCGGUUGUGCAACUACAAGUAAUUUCUUUGGUGGACUUGCUAAAGGUGCUAAAGGCGUGGCUGGUCUUGGACGUUCAUCUGCUCUUUCUCUGGUUUUCCAGUUUGCAGUCAGAUUCCGGUUCCCACGCACAUUUGCUGUGGACUUAUUAGAAUCAAAUGUUUAUUUCGGAGGCGGACCUUACGUUCAUCGCAACUUCUACUGGGAUCAUGAUAAGUCUAGAGUUGUAGAGUACACCCGGUUCUUGAUUAACCCAAUGUCGAUGGAAGAAUAUUUUGUUGAUCUAAAAUCGAUCAAGGUAUACGGCAAAACUGUACCAAUAGACAAAAAGUUGCUCUCCAUCAACAAGGGCACUGGAGUUGGAGGAACGAAAAUCGACAUUCAAACUCCUUUUACUACAUUGCAGACAUCAAUCUACAAGGAAUUUAUCAAGGUUCAUACUGCAUGGGCUAAAAGCAUGAAUAUCUCUAUGGUUACUCCGGUUGCGCCAUUUACUGCCUGUUACAACUUGUCGACAUUACCUCCAUUUAACGGAUAUCGUCAGACACCGGGUGUCACGUUCGUGUUUCCAAAGAAUGAAUGGGGAGUCGCAUGGUGGGAUCUGGUAGAAGUAAAUGAUGCUGUCAAAUGUGUGGGAUUCGUUGAUGGUGGUUUAAAGCCUAUGACUUCAAUUGUUAUCGGUGCACGUCAGAUAGGUUUUGCAGAGUUCGAUAUUUCAAGAUCAAGAUUGGGAUUCAUGCAACCAAAUUUUAUGACAUAA